UCUAAAAACUACAAGGUAACUCUUAUAAUUAAGAAUUACAAUGAAAUCUCUCAAAGACACCUUCUCCGUGAUUUCAUACUUUGCAACAUGAAAUUCUGCUAAGGUUUGAACAUAGAGACUGCAACCAGACUGUAGCAGCAACAUCGUUACUGCUGUCUUUGCACGAACUUGACUACAUUGAUAGGUUUCGAAAAGCCCCUCGAGUCGCUUGUCCCAAAAGAUGAGAAGACGUGAACGUUGAACGUAUUUGGGUCAGGAAUGAUCCCGUAAACGUUAAUUGGGAAUGGAGGUAGUACUUUACAUUCGUUACGGAUCGAAGUUGUCGAUGCGUUAAUUCUUCACAGAUUCGCUUAGGGGCCUCGGUCCAUAAAAGGGUCACCAGACUCACCACCAUCGCCCCCGCGACCCCAAAUAUAAGUCCCAACACAUAUCUUCAUCCGAUCCAUCCAAGGCGCGCGCGGCGGCGGCACGGCCCAAGCCCUAGCAAGCUGCAUCAUCCCGGACACAUGGCGGGCUGCACCGCCCCUGCUCCGCCGAAAAAAGUCAUGAAAACGGCUGGUCUCGCCGCCGACCCGCCCUCCGGCUCGCCCGUCGCCCAAUCUGAUUGGAGGGACUGGGCGAACCUGACGGAGGGGGCGGCGGGCCAGAUCGCGGAGCGGCUCCUGGCGGACGACGUCGCCGACUACCUCUGCUUCCGCGCCGCAUGCCGCUCGUGGCGCCGAUCCACGGCGUGCCCGCACGCGCGCGACGGCCUGGACCGCCGCUUCCACCCGCGGCGGUGGGUCAUGCUCCCGCUGAUGACCUCAUCGGGCGGCGUCCGCCGCGAGCUCCUCAACAUCACCACCGGGGCGCGGGUCCACGUGGAUCUCCCGGAGCUCCGCCACCAGCACGUGCUCGGCCCCACCUCCGGCGGCCUCCUGGUGAUCUGCGACAAGCGCACCUUGGCCAUGCGCCUCCUCAACCCGCUCACGCGCCACCUCACUGCCGGCCUCCCUGACGCGACGUCGCUGCUCCACACGUCGGCUGCUCUCACCAGACAGCAGCAGCAGGAGCUGCUCAGGUACAGGUUGCAGUCUGCACGGCUGCAUAGCGCCGGCCUCGCCAACGGCGAGGACUCCACGGUCGUGCUACACUUCCACACGAGCUGGCUAGUCGUCGCCAAGCCCGGCGAUAAGCGGUGGCGGCAGUUAUCCGGCUCCAACGGGUUCGUCGUCACGGCCUUAUCAUUCGCCGGGCGCUUCUUCUGUGUGACCGAGAAUGCCAUUGCCGCGGUGGAUACCGCCGCGGAGGACCCGCAGCUGGUGCCGGUGGCCCAGCUACAACUAGGCGUGGAGUUGAGGCCGUACGACGGUACCGUCAAGCUCGUGGACAACGACGGGGAGCUGAUCCUGGUGCAUCGGAAAUGGAUGGGCAAUAGCAACAUUCCUCGUCCAGGCUACGAGGUGCACCGGGUGGAUCUGGAAGCCGGGAACACGGUGCCCAUGCCAGGGCUCAGUGGGCGCGCCUUGUUCGUUGGCCAGGGACCCCGGGGAUGUAGACCCGCGAUCUCAGUGCCCGCAGGGCUGUCCUCAUGCAUCCGUGCGGACACGGUCUACACGUGCAGAGAUUUCUGUAGGUUGGAUCGUGUGCCGGAAAUUAUCGCCCGCCCAGCACAAUACAUACCAGGCAUUCUGUGCUCCGGCAUUCGCCAAGAUGCCCGGGAAUGCAGUGUCGUUCACUCUAUGUCGCGCUACAUCUGCUAUUCGGAGAUCAUCGUGAGCCCUCCUCCUCGUAGUCAGAGGGUGGCCGUGCGGGGUCGACACCUAUUGAGUUCAAUUACCACCAGAUCCUAGGCCAUGAUUGGGUUGUAAACGGUAACGGUGCCCAGCCCAUCGUAUCUGUUUCUGUUCUACAGUUAAAAAAAACUAUUCCGUAUGACA